AAAUCAAGAAGAGGCACUCCUAGUUCGCAUACUAAGUACACGAGAAUCAAAGAAUCUAAUUCUUGGGUAUCCAGAGGUUUCGGCGUUCACACAGCACAGUACAGUAUAUACACAAAAUAACCUUUAUUAACGAAACGCAGGUCCUUGUUUUCUUCGGCGAGUCUAAACGUUUAAUUCAUGUGGAUAGAAUGUAGUCCUUUCAGAUAAGACGAGGAUUUCUACUCGGCUAACAAGGAACUACUUCGACGCCAAAAGGUACGAGAUGAACGUUAUCCAGAUUGUUUUGUUCCUGUUCCUUUCCACGAGUCCAUCGAUGAAUGAAAUUAUUCCUCCGCAUGGCGUGAACUCCACUGCUCCAUCAGUUCUUGGUGGUGAGCUUUUAGGAAACGUCACGUUAUCACCAAGUCAAGGAUCAUUCACAGUAGAAAGAGACGCAGUGGUUCCAGAAGGUUCAACCCUGACGAUCAUGCCUGGAGUGCAAAUCUUUUUCCUUCCUGAUACUGGUUUAAAAGUUAUUGGCUCCCUUAUUGCCAAAGGAAGUCCCGAAAGCAAGAUUUCGUUUUCAUCAUUAAUUCAUCCCAAUGCAAGUUCCAACGCCAGUUUGUACUAUGGAGAUGGAAUACGACUUGUGGGUGGAAACGCUUAUGAUAAUGGAAGACUUGAAAUCUUACGUAACGGUCAAUGGGGUGUUAUUUGUGCCGAUAACUGGCUUCCGAGUAGCACCGAUGUAGCCUGUAGACAGCUGGGAUUCUUAAGAGCAAAACGGUUUUUUAAAGCUGAUUUUGAUCGCACGAAACGGUAUAUGAUGAGAUCUGUUAUAUGUCAAGGUUCUGAGGUCAACCUACUUCAUUGUCCACAUACUGCGCCGUGGUUUUCCUGUUAUAGCUACCAAAUUGGAAUCGAAUGCGAGUACCUGCAAAGUUAUCUUCAACAACAAGUAAAAUGGCGAGGUAUGUCCUUCGAGAUGACGCCCAAUUCUUCAUCAGCAUCCGUAUUGAGGCAUGUCAACAUCGAACAUGCCCUUCUCGCUUUGAACAUCACACACAAAGCCCCUACAAUGAGAAGCAUCACUAUAAGGAACUGCUUCAACGGUAUCCAAGCAAGUGAGAUUAAGAACAAGUUUGAAUUGACUGAUAGUCAGGUAACCGACAACGUCUUAUCUGGGACAAGAAUAACCAAGUCACACGUAGACAUUCUGAUUCAAAAUUCUUCAUUUAUAAGGACAGCCAUGGGAGUUGGAUUUUCCAUUGAAGAUGAUCUUGUCGCAAGUGAUCUUUGCACUUGGAAUCAAAGUUGGAUAUCAAAGUACCCCUUACUUUUAAACACUUCAUCGAAAAGUUACGUACAUUGCACUAAAAUCAUCCAAGCCGACGAAAACUCCACCUUGGCCUUACAUUAUCGCAAGAUUACUGGCUCCUCAUUUUGGUUCGAUGUUUUUAGCAAAGAUGGCCGUGGUAACUGGACUUUGAUAUCUAGAGUAAAUGAAAACGACGCUGGUAAAAUGAGCAAACUCGUUACAAACAAAACAAAUGCCCUAAAAAUUUCAUAUUCAAACAGUCAAGGAACCAGGAGCAGCGUUGAAUUUAUGAUCGUAAAUAUGAAAGAAACGAAAUCUGCAAUAAUUUCUGACUCCUCAUUUAUUGAUAAUGGCCUUCAUGGAGCAAAAAUCGUGGACUUUGUUGGUAUUCUUCAGAUGAACAACACGAAGGUAAACGAAAACAAGCUUGACGGUGUACACAUCAAUGGGCUGUAUGGAGAACUUAACCAAUUUAACUUUGAUGCUGCAAAUAAUACUCAAAGUGGUGUUUAUUUAGAGCGCGUUUCAGGGAUGGUCACAAUCGCAUCAAUCAAAAUAUUUGGCAAUGAACAGGACGGUAUUAAAACCUACAAAGGCACUGGAAUUUUGUCGAUCAAACAAGGAUUAGUCAGGGGGAAUGCAAGACACGGAGUUUACAUUGGAUCUCAGAGGGAUACUGACAUUAAUUUGUCAAAUUUGGAAGUUUCUCAAAAUAAGGAGAACGGACUGUUUCUAGAGGAAACAUCAAAUGGCUCGUUAAUGUUUACAAACAUUAAAGCAACCCUGAACGAAAAGUCAGGUACAUAUGUUAUAAGGUGUUCAACUCCAGUGGUUAUUGAAAGAAGCUCCGCAAAUGAGAAUGGUGGCCAUGGAUUCUAUUUUCAAACGCAAGGUGGCUCUGUUAAGAUUUUGGAGUUUACUGCAUCUCGAAACCAGGAAAGCGGGCUUCGUGUUGAUGAUGGCAAAUCUAGCUUGUUUAUCGAACAUGGUAUUCUAAAGAAAAAUAACAAGCAUGGAUUUUACUUGAACAAUCACGGUGGAGAGAUUUUGAUGGUCAACGUAAGCAUCAUCGAAAACAAAGAAAGAGCAAUAAAUGUGUAUGAGAAUUCACAAGGAAACCGCAUAACAUUGUUUUCAGUGUAUAAGUGUUAUAUUUCCGGAAGCAAAGUUGGUUUAAAGUUAAUGAUUUCUUGCGCCUAUAAGUUUGAUAGCGUAAGAAACGUCAGCAUCCGGCUAGAAAGUAAUACUUUUGCCAACAACACACUAGAAACAUUUGGUUUCUAUGAGGAACAUACUUGCUAUUACUCAACAACGCCUAGACGAGUUUUUAUCGAUGCAGUAAACAACACUUUCAUACGCAAUAAGAAGAGUGUUAUCCACAUUGAUUGUCCUGGUAUUUUUGCUCUACAAGGGACAUUAGCCUCAAAUGCAUUUCUUGACAAUUUGGGCAAGGUCGUAACUGUAAGGGAAGGAACCAACUGUGGCGAUCGACAUGAAUAUCCAAUAAAAAUACAAAUUACCUCAAACAGGUUUGAAAAUAACACGGGUCAGUACAUGGUCAACAUUGAUUUGCAGCCUUGGUAUACCAUUCGCUCCGCUGUCUUGCGACUCAACUCCUUUGUGAUGAACAAACAGACCAAACUGCCCUCGAGAUUUUAUAGCAGAAUGACUGAAGACGCGGUAAUUGUCUUGAAAGAAGGAACAUUUCAUAUAGUGCACAAUUCCUUCGAAAAUCCCAACUUUAACUAUCAAGUCGCAGCCGCUCUUGUUGCCCAUGGGCGAGUGGUCAACGCAAGCCACAACUGGUGGGCAACUGUCGAUGAAUGUCGUAUAAAAAGUCAAAUUUUUGACUAUGAAGAUAGACUGGAUCUCGCCAGAAUCGAAUACUUUCCUUUCCUAGGAAGUAACUACAGCCAUAAUGCUGUUUCAUUAAAUUCCAGCAGACCGUCUUGCUUUUUGAAGGACAUGGCAAUUGGAGGAACAUUAGACAAGCACUUACAACUUAACACAACCACGACAGCUUAUAUUGUGACAGCAGAUAUCGUUAUACUGCCAUCAGGCUCACUUGGCAUUAAAUCUAACGUAACUCUUAAAUUCCCUGCUAGAUCUGCCUUCGUUGUUCAAGGAAGCUUGAAAGUGUACGGCAAAAAAGACGAAACCGUCAAGUUUACUCUAGACGAGGUCGUUGAGAUAAUAAGACUCAAAGAUAGAUGGUACGGCAAUGUGGAGAUUAAAAUCAACAAUACAUGGAUGACUCUAUGUGCCAAGAGAAACUUUAACUUUCAUCCAAAAAUGGUCUGCAACCAUUUUGAUAUGGAGUAUAAAAGCUAUAGCCUGUAUUAUCCAAGUGGAAAAGAACAUGGAUUUAUCAACGACUUCAAUUGUGACCCCAACAUAGCCCUGGACAUGAGUUCAUGCAACUAUGAAAACCUUAGCUAUACCCCAAGUUGUGACGAUUAUGUCUUGUAUCUUCGAUGUAAGAGACCCUACUGGUCGGGUGUUCACCUUGCCAUGACUAAAGGCAAAAAUAGUCUUAUGCACCUCGAGAUCCACGAAGGGGGUCAUAAUUACAGAACAGACCUCAAAAUAACCUCAGCAGCUUUAAGAGUGGAUUUUGAUGACCACGUCCUGAGAGAUAUAAUGGUGAAGAAUUCAGAAUCUGUUGGUGUACAGGUUUUGUAUUCAAAUCCCUUCAAAAGCGUGCCUACUUUAUUUAGUUCCUUGGUAGAGGGUACUGAAUCCAACGGUUUGCACAUCAGUUUUUCCCAUGCAGCUCUAGAUCGUGUUAACAUCAUAGAUGCUAAAGGCAACGGUCUUUAUUCAAAAAGCUUGUGGAACGAUCUUGACAUAGACGCACGAAGAAUGUCAGACCCUGCGUUUAUUCACCACGUCUCUAAUUGUAGAGAAAAGUCAAUAUUCAUCCAAGAGGGUGAUUCAAGAUAUUUGAUCUUUUCUCCAUUUGGAGAAACGGCACCAUCAACUUGCGAUCAAGAAGUAUAUACGACGAACAGAUCAAAGAUUGCUCUGCAAAUAAUCUACAAAAAUAUAAGAUAUUAUUCCUAUUACUAUGACAGUGUAAAUGUAAAUAGUGGUGGAAAACAAUGGAAGUUGGAAGAUCUUUCAUGGGAGGACAGACCUGUUCUAUAUGCCAAUACCUCAAGCAUGCAUCUCCGUUUUAUGAAGUACUAUGCUUACAGCCCAAUGCUCGUACACCUAUUGGCUUUCUCUCUAAAUGAUACGAAUGGACAUAUGACGCAAUAUGGGAAGAUUUCGAUCGAAAACUGUGUUAUCGAAAAUACUUCAGGGAGUGGAAUUUAUGUUCAUGGUCCUCGUACGGAAUCGAUUUUCAUACAAAACUCCACCAUUCAAGGCAGUGCUAAGAAUGGCAUCGAAAUAAGAUCAUCAAUCACAAGUCUCUUUGUUCAGUCAUCAACCAUUGCACGUCAUCUUACGUGCGUCUUAUUAUAUUCCCUAAACGGCUAUUACAAUGAAGGGAUUGCCGGUAAAAUCCUAAUCUCAAAAAGCGUCAUUUCGAAGUGUAGCAACAAUGGACUGUAUGCAUGGGCUUCGGGAAGUAAAACUAUAACUAUAGAAGACUCUUUAAUGUCACAGAUCACUGGAAAUGCGGUUAAUUUAUAUGGAAGAUAUUCCCAAACUUCUCUUUACGUCAUCAAAUGCAGAUUUCAUGGGAAUAAACCAAAUUGUGUUUAUGCGUACAGCGAAAACGAUAUGGGUUCUGCAAUUGAAUUUCAUGUGACAAACAACAACUUUUCCAAUAAUGCUGGGCCUGUCGUCAAUAUUCAACGAGCUACGUCCCUGGCAAAAUGGCUCAUCGAAGGAAACAUUUUUUUUAAUAACUCUGAUUCGUCAGCAAUUUCAAUUGGAGUAGAUUUUCCCCAUGCAACGUAUACAAUCAAAAAUAACAGGUUUAUUUCAAAUCGUUGUAACAAAGACGCUGUCAUAGACCUGUGUUAUAGCGCUCGAUUUGUAGCCAUUGAUAAGAACACGUUUUUAGGAAACUUCGGACCUGCAGUUAUUUUGAAAACAGCCGUUGCAUCACUACCUUUACAAAUCAAAGAAAAUACGUUCAUAAACAAUCUUUGUCAUGGCUGUCCAAUUCUGAAGUUUCUUCGCAUUGAAAAGGACCUUAUCCUGGAGAACAAUACCUUUACUAACAAUACUGGCCAGGUCAUGAUCUUUCUUCAAGCUGCUCACGAGAUAACUGCCAGUACACUCAUACAAAAACUGUCUUUGACUGACAACGCUAUCAAAGAAAGCCACCCUAGUGCCUCAGUGUCUUCAAACGCUGAGCGAUGUGUUAUUAAUGUUAACGGCAUCUUAUUCUUUAAAGACGUCAAAUGGAAAAGGAAUAAAAUGAGCAACUCACAAUUUGACUUUGAGUUGUGUCUUCAUACCCUUGGCUUGUCUCAGCUGCCUCAAUUGAACGCCAAUGAAACAUGGUGGGGAACGAACGAAGACAUCUCAAGAAGAGUUCUCAGUUUUGAUAUGAACUAUGAAUACGGCAUCGUCCACUAUGGACACUUUCUUGCCUUAGAAAAUAAGGUAUUGAAAACAAAAGUGUAUGACGCUGAAUCAGCAUUCGAUGAGUUGUUUGGAAAGUCAAUACUCAGGGGAAGGAUACAUAAAUCUAUGACCCUCCGACGCCAAAAAAGCCCUUUCAAGGUUCUUGGAGAUGUUACAGUGAUUCCCAACACCGUGCUAACAAUAGAACCUGGAGUAACUGUUCAGUUAGCACCAUACGCGAGUAUAUUAGUGCUUGGAACACUCAUUGCAAGAGGUGAUAAAGAACGCCACAUAACUUUCAAGCACAUUGAGAAUUCCAAGAACACUGAAGUACUUCCAUUUGACAUUCGGUUAAUGGAUGGGGAUUUUCCUUGGCACGGUCGAUUGGAAGUUUAUCACGAUUCAAGUUGGAAACCGAUAUGUACAGAGAAGUGGAUAAGACAGAACGUCAUUGUAGCCUGCCGUCAGCUUGGUUAUGAUGGUCCAAAUUGGGACGUGAGCCCAACGAGAUUCGGUAAUACAGAAAACAAUCUGACGUAUCCUCUUGAGUUACGUUGUUUGGGAAAUGAAUCAUCUAUUGCAAAGUGCUCAAAGAAUUCAACAGGUCAAAACACCCAUCGCUGUCAAAGUGUUGUUGGAUUAAGGUGCCAUGGCAAAGAAUGGGGAUCUAUUCGUUUUUCACGCCCUCCGAUUGAAAAAAGCAGUGCAAGUAACGGUACAUCAGUUCUUGAAUACGUUGACAUUAUGUACGCUGGGAAGAGGAAAAGCUCAAAUACCUCGGCUAUUGAAAUAAUUCGAAGAGUUCCAAUCAUAAGACAUAUCAAAGUGUUUAACUGUUCCUCUGGGGGCAUCACCAUCGUUUUACCAGACGAAAACCACAAAAUUGAGAAGAGUCAGUUCAUAAAUACUGGAGGAACAGGAAUAACAGUUAUGGAAAACACGAAAUCCUUUGUCGUUCAAGAUUCUUACAUAUCUGAAAACAAUAAUGGUCUUCUUUUUAUUCGUUGGGAUGAUCGAUUAAUCAGCUCGUUCGUAGGACAAGAUGGAGUAUUUUUGUGUGAUAAUAAAAUGCAAACGAUAGAUGUCAAAGAAAGCGAAUUCCUUUAUUUUGUAACGCCACCAGCUAAGGGUUAUACAAAUGAUUAUCCCACAGUCAAAUGUCAAAAAAGACUUCGAACUGAAAGAGGCAUGGGAAUAAUUAUUAGAGUUUUGAGUGUCAAGGGGUCACAAACCCUACGUGUUCAUGUUGGUCAAACUGACAUAAUAAACACUAGAACUUAUCGUUGGAAGGGUUACUCUUUAUACGUCGAUUUUGAGGAGGUACAGGUGACCUGGAAAGGAACAUUUUCCUCGCAAGUUGUACUUCUCGCUACUGCAAUAGAACUCAAAGAUAUGCCAUGUACUUUUAUUCGUAAUUAUAUGUGUGGCUGGCAAAGUGUCUUAAAGAAAAGGGUUCUGGGAAAAACGACUAAUCUUGCGUUUGAAAAUAAUUAUGAUGCUGGAAGUGGACAUGCGAUUGAUCUACCAUAUUCAUAUUGGUGGCGUGAAUAUUAUGCUAAUCUUGUAAGCCCUAUAAUCACCCCAAAUGCCAUAGCUGCAUGUCAACUGAAUUUCGAGUACACCUUUUUUGGGCGCAAUUAUCUAUGGCUGGCAGUGUUAUUAGAGCAAUACGAGAACGGAAAAAAAAUUCAUACUAAAUUAUGGUCAUCUGAUGAAGAAGAAAUUCAGGAGGGAUUAUGGAUGAAGACUUCAAUUAAAAUUCCUCUAAGAAACAAGCCUUUCAGGCUUGUGCUGUUCGCGCACAUCAAAAGUCGUGCAUGGAAUCGUAAUAUUUACUUCAACAAUUUGAAGUUUGAAAACUGCUACGCUGAAAAUAUCAAUGUCAAUGGAAAUUUCUUUACAAAGAACCGAAAUCAUAGUAUUUUGCUGCAAAGUGACACCCCGUUACAGCAAUUCAACAUAAAGAUACACAGAAACAAGUUUACUGAUACCGUAGAUGACGCCAGCACCGGUACCAUCAGAAUUAACACAUAUGACAAUCCAUUUUAUAUAUUAAAUAACUUUAUAUCGAAUAACAACAAUGGAGGCGUUCAUGCAACAGUUGGAAACAGCCAUGGCAAUUUGGUCAUCAAAAGCAUGAUUGAAAGAAAUUGUUUUGAAGGCAACAGAAAGGAAACAAUAUACAUAGAUGCGGGAUACGGCGGAAAGGCCUUUAGCAUCGAUAUAUUUGGUAACAAUAUAAAUGGUAACAACGGUAAAGGCACUGGCCAAGCCAUACACAGUAACAUAAAGUUAUCUCAGGUUGUUUGUACUCUGGAAGAAAACUUCGUUUACGAUAAUUAUGGCAGGUACAACUUAGAGAUCAUGCUGAACAAGAGAACCAUAAUUAAUAGAUUGAUAAAAGUUCGAAACAACACCUUUUAUCACAAUCAUGGGCUGAUAAAAGACUAUGGGUCUACAAUGUAUUGUAAUGGUCCUGUGGAGAUCUACAAGAAUAUCAUCAAGAAUCCGUCCAAUCUUUAUGAGCUUGUUACAGACCGAGCAAGUUCAUUUCGAUCGAUAAAUGCAACUGACAAUUGGUGGGGAUUUGGGUUACCAAAGAUUGUUGGGAUGCGUAUUCUUGAUUUGUUUGACGAUGCAAACUUUCCUAAAGUAAACUACCAUCCCUAUAUACGACUCAGGCCCCCAACUGCCGUACCAUUGUCUUGCCCAUAUGGAUGGAGUUUAUUUGAAGAAUCUUGUUUUUUGUACAACGGAGGUCCCUUAUCUUUCCAUGAAGCUGAAAAAUAUUGUCUGAUGUAUGGGAGCCAUUUACUUAGUUCUAGCCAGGAGCUGGAUAUGAGUUUCAUAAAGACUACGUUCAGUAGUGGCAACCAAUCCAACAGUGGAAUUAGAAUGAGAGUGUGGAUGACCAACACAAAGGAGAUUUCUGGAUGUUUCGUGUAUGAGCAAGAUAAUAACCUUGUUAUCACGCCAUGUGAAAGUCUUCAACCAUUUGCAUGCUCCAAAACUCCGGUGAUUCGUUGUCCAAACAACUGCUUCCAUAACGGUAAAUGCGUUGGAACGACGUGCUUCUGUAAUAAGGGGUGGACCGGCCCCGACUGCUCAAAAUUCCACUGUAACAAUCUUCGUAACUGUUCUGGACAUGGUACCUGCGUUGGACCCAACGUCUGUCGCUGUCUUCCUGGAAUAUCCGGAAGAGCAUGUACGUAUUCCUAUUGCAGCCAGUUUGAAAACUGUAGAUCGUGCAUGGCUAAUAAAGACUGCGGGUGGUGUGACGAUCGUGCUCAGUGUUUACCAGGAYAYGGUGAARRAUCCUAUUUUUCAACUUGUCAAAACUGGUUCUUUUACGACUGCUACACAAUGGGAACAACUAACUUCUGUUCGCGAGAAAUAGCGCUCAUAGAUUGCAACUGGCAGCUUUGUAACUUUGGAGGCUUUCCAGAGCUUGCAAGCAAAGAAGCUUGUCAAAGAUGUAAAGAUCAAGAAAUAUGUUUCAAGGCUAAGGUUGGAGCAACCUGCAGAACUUGGAAUGAGACUCGUUGCCCAAAUGGCGAAGUUAAAAUAGACUACUCCGACCCAACACGCAUAGAAAACACGCAAAUCAAAGGCAACGCCACGAUCAUAAGUCCAGAGAAAGUAACCAUGUACAGAUGUGCAGCAAAUGACUUGGGUGACAAUAUCGUCACAGUGUUUGUGUUUAACGCUAACUUGACUCUCAAGCCUGGUAAUGUCAUUUCAAGUAAUCAAGCAGGAGGGGUGUUCCAUAAAGUUUCUGAUGUCACAGAAUUUGAACCAUAUACAUUCGUCACUGCUGAUCCUGCAAGUAUCGAAGAUUUUAUACAGUAUGCUGAUUUUCAAAUUGACGCAACUCUUGCGUCCCUUCAGGAUGAAGUAACAGUGGAGGCAGAGCCUGAUAUGGAAAUGAUAAACAACUUAAUGUACGGGAAUGUAUCGUUAAAUGAAAAUCUUUUUAUAGUCCCGUCAGAUACCUUUGUCUACAAGUGUGUUGGUCAUAUGUACGAGGCAGAUCAGAAAAAAGCUGCAUCCUAUUAUUUGGUUCUCAAUGCUUCUAAUACGCCGUUCAUGAUCGAGGCUGGGGAUGUUAUAGUUUCCAACCAAAGCCAUGGAUUUCUUUCCACUAUAACAAGUAUCAACAAAACGUCAGAGUUUAUUUUUGUUGAGACUUUGUUACUGAGAUGUGAUAAUAAUACUGAUAUGAAUGUCAAAUUUCACGAGGAACUGACAAAUGGGAACAUGGGCUGCCCUGGAGGAGAUAACAACCCAAAUCUUCUGAUCAAAGAAACAAACAAUAAAGCAUUCAACAUGUCGGUCAAUGAUGUCAUCGUCGAUAGAUCCAGCCAAGCCUUCGCUGGAAAGGUGAAAUCCUUACACUACAGCAAUGGAUAUUUAAUUGUUGAAGUAUUUCCAAUUACUACAGUCUUCAAUGGAACAGCAAUGACCGAAAUAGAUAUAGCAAAAACAAUAAUUCAUGUCAGACGUAAGAGGUUUGUCAUUCCCAUUUCAAAACGUUUUGAAAUGUUAGAGAAAAAAUGGAAUUUGGACUUUCGGGUGCAUGGCAAAAACACCAUUGGAUUCUUUCUGCACUUCAGUUUUGGAUUUACGAUUGGAAUGCAAUUGGAAGUAUCGAGUAUAGGGCUUAACAAGCUGAAGCGACCAAGUGUACGACUUGCUCUUUUUUUGACAACAGAUGCAGCAGCUAAAAUCGGUGUCUCAGUAAAAACAAAUCGUGGACUUUCGUUUUCUAAGGAAAAAAGUAUAAUACCACCGAAAGCACUUGCAAGAUUCGUUUUAUGCAUAUUCAUUUUAUGUAUUCCAACUGGAAUCUUUUUCAAUCUCGAUGCAACUGCAAACAUUAAUGCAGAGGAAACCUGUUUGCUGCCAAGUUAGGGUUGGAAAUACCAAUCAUAGUUGAUGGUUCAACAAGUUUAUGUUCCCGUCGUUGUCACCCCAAAAAGGGAUUGGUACUUAAAGCUGGGGCGAAGAAAAUCAAGGUUGCAAUAUCUUUGGGGGACAGUGAGCUAUGGAGCAAAAGCUUUGGAUGUUUUCCAAUGUUUGUCAAAGAAAUUUGCUAUAAUGCAUCACUUCUCGAGUUGGAUACGUUUUGCAAAUGGAAAAUCAAUAAACUACCACCCGAACCUCCAGACACUGAAUGUGGUAACGAUAACAAAACUACCAAGCGCAGAGGAAAGUGUGGCGAUUUCCCUGUCUGCUUACCUGGUUGGUCAGGAGAAGGAUGUUCAAAACCAGAUCCAUCGUCAGGGUGUGUCAAUGGAAAAACUUUUGGUUCUGCAAACUGCGCAGUGACUUGCAAGUGUUUACCUGGAUGGAUUGGCACUUCAUGUAACGUAAGAGCACCAUCUGUUAUCGCGGGCGAUCCUCACUUGAGCACCUUUGAUGGAGUCAAUUAUGACUAUUUUGGUAUUGGUGAACUCUGGGGAUGUCAGAGCAUCGAGAAUGACUUUGGUCUUCAGUUCCGCUUCUUUGCUUACGAGAGAAGCUCCUUGACUGGAGGGAUUGCACUGAAAGCAGGCAACAACACUAUCACAUUAAUGACAGUUCGCACACCUAGCAGUGCCGACUUUCCUGUACUCAGGGUAAAUGGACAAAGUCAACAUAUAAACUUMCUUUUGGGUAAAGAAAUCAAAUUAGACAAUGGAACAGUCUCGAUGAAAUUGUACAGAAAUUCAACCGGAAACGAAAAAGAGUCAGURGUCAUGUUGAUGUCAGUUGAAUACAAAUCAGGCAUAGCUGUUAGCCUAGACGUUCGACACAGCAAAGUAAUGGAAAGACAAUACAUCAAUGUAGGACUUACUCCUACUAUUGACUUUAUGAAGAAAACUAGCGGCUUGUAUGGGUACAUGGACGGGGAUCCAUCCAACGAUUUGCAGGGACCAGAUGGCAAGAUAUACACUGAUCCCAUCAAAUUUGCAGAGAGUUGGAGAAUAAAAACAUCCAGUAGCGAGGAACUUCUUUGGUCAUGGAAGGACUCUAACUUUUAUCCUGAUGAUGUCAUGGAUUAUUCAUAUACCGAUUCAACGUUUAUACCUGUUUAUAAUCUAGCAGGAAUUGAUGAUCAGACCAAAAAGAAAGCGAUACUUGUGUGCUCAUCUAUGGGAUUGGCUGGAGAUUUGCUGAAAGGCUGUGUGUAUGACGUCGCCAUUACGAAUGACACGACCCUUUCUGAACAAGAAACAUUGCAGCAAGGUUGUGAAAAUGUUUGUUCUGGGCGAGGCCGCUGCGUAAACAAAACCUGUGAAUGCAUUGAAGGAUGGUCGGGUAAAGCCUGCGAAAAAGGACAAUGUGCUAAUUGCUCCCUGUUGCAUGGCAAAUGCAUCAAUGGUUUUUGCUACUGUAAUACAGGCUGGGAAGGAGAAAACUGCGACAAAGAAGCUACGUGUUUGAAUCUAAACAACUGCACAAGUCCCCUUCACGGGAAAUGCAAGACUUCUGAMGUCUGUCAUUGUAAUGAUGGAUUUACAGGAAAGGACUGUAGCAUUGUGCCUACUUGUUAUGCCGUUAGAAAUUGCUCAUUCCAUGGAGUCUGCGUUGAUUUUGACGUCUGCAAAUGCAACAAGGAAUGGACAGGCCAAAACUGCUCAGAAUUUUCAUGUCACGAUCUAUCUUUCUGUUCAGGUCACGGUCGAUGCGUAAAACUUUACGAAUGUAAGUGUGACCGAGGAUGGACCGGAGUUAGUUGUGGUGUUCCUGACUGCCCAGACGUCAACCAGUGCUCUCAAAAUGGAGACUGCAUAUCAAGCAAUCAGUGCAAGUGUAAACCUGGAUUUCAGGGCGAAGACUGCAGCAAGCCAUCCGACUGCUCUUCUUUAUUAAACUGCAGCAAUCGUGGCAUUUGUGAAAAUACAGACGGAAAAAACUCAACAUGCAGAUGCUUUUCUGGAUUCAGUGGCCCAACAUGUAAUGAAACAUCAUGUGCAGAAGUCCAUAACUGCACUGACCAUGGAGAAUGUAUUGAUGCUAACCUUUGUAACUGUACCAUUGGAUACUCUGGGUAUGACUGUAGCAACUUCUCCUGCGAGGUGCUGAACUUCUGUUCGGGGCGAGGUGAAUGCAUUGAUUAUGAUGUUUGCAAUUGCUCAGGCCUGUGGUAUGGAGCCGCCUGUACCAUUCCAAACUGUACUGCUUAUAAAGACUGUUCUCAAAAAGGAGACUGCAUUGCACCAAACACUUGUGAAUGCUACCGGGGAUACGAUGGCAAGUACUGUGAUCAACCGGCUCCACCAAAUCUGCAUUCCCCAGUUUUUAAUGUCAGCGAGUAUAAUUUCACCUUGAAAGAAAAUAUGCCCUCUGGAACACUACUUGGAAUGCUGAUCGCUAACGACUCUGAUACUGGUCGAAAUGGGAAAAUACUAUAUUCUAUUGUUCCGAACCAAUUUAGUCGUGCAUUUGCUUUGAACUUUAUGACAGGUGCCCUUUCAACAGCUAUCGUCCUUGAUUACGAAAACCAAAUACGACACCUAAAAGUCGAGAUAGUUGCAUCAGAUGAUGGUUUUCCACAAAAGUUCUCGACAGUAAAUGUGUUUUUAACAGUGGAAGACACCAAUGAUAACUGUCCAGUAUUUGACGAUUAUCCGGCAUCAAGCAUUGACUUCACCUUGCUUUACGUCAAAACCACGAAUUUUGUCUUGUUCACGAUCCAUGCAACGGACGCUGACAGCGGAGACAAUGGAUAUGUUAUUCACAGUAUCAUUCCAUCGAACAUGCGCAGUUACUUUGAAAUUGAUCCCAUAAAUGGUACGAUUAUUUCAAGACGGAUCCUUCCACCAGCUGUAUAUGAAUUUGAGGUAAUUGCAAUGGACAAUGGAGACCCUCCCUGCGCUUCAUCGAAGGUCGUCAAACUCUCUGUGAUUCCGACAGAGGAACCAACGUCUAAACCCUCCACAGUUGUUGUUGUUAAAUCACAAAUCAUCAAUAUCUCAACUCAAAAAACGAAUCAGCCAUCUCAGGAAACUACAGAAGACGACACUACAGCUGCUUCAUCUUCAUCGAAAAGGCCCACUGACAUCAAACAAGCACCUGAAGGACCAAUGUAUAAUACUGGAAAGGCCAUUGGUUUCACUCUUUUGGGUUUAGCCAUCAUCAGUCCUGUAUUGGGUCUCAUUUUGAGGAAGUGUUACCUUCGAAAGCUUAGGGUUAAUCCAAAAAGCCAGAUCGCCAGAGAAAGUGGAGACAUUGCUAUGCAUAGCAUUGGAAUUCCCAAGCCGCAUAUUUAGACAACAUUAUCAUACAACUUGAUCAUUAUGUACAUAUAAAUCAUCAAAUUGUAGACUUCCCCCUCGCUUACCAGAAACGUGAACCAGUACUUGCAAAAAGAUCCAAAAUAGAGGGAAGAAAUAUGAAACUCAGUUGCAGAAACUGUUAUAUAUAUACCGUUUUAUAGCAGUAAUAUUUACUUCACAAAAGAUAUGCAUCGUGGGUCAUAGUGACAUUGUCUAAAGUAGGAUUAAUUAACAAUUAUUCGCCGAAGGCUCAGUGAAUAUCGGGGAAUGAUAACCGAAACGAAGUUGAGGUUAUCAUUUACGAUAUUCACUGAGCCUGAG